AUACUAUCAGCCCCGCGGACCUCGGGCUCAGGGACGACAGCCUCGGGGACGGCGGCGGCGGCGGCGGGCACGGGUUCUUCGACUCGACCUUCGUCAAGGGCGCGGCCAGGGCGGCCAGGUGGGCGCAGCCCAUCACCUACCUGCACGUCUACGAGUGCGACGCCUUCUCUAUUGGAAUAUUCUGCUUGCCAACUUCAGCCGUUAUUCCUCUCCAUGAUCAUCCAGGAAUGACUGUGCUGAGCAAAAUCCUGUAUGGUUCGAUGCAUGUGAAAUCGUAUGACUGGGUAGAGCCUACUGUUCUGGCGAGUAAUCAACAAGUGAGACUGGCCAAGUUACAUGCAGAUGAUGUUCUUACUGCUCCAUGUCCAACUACCGUUUUGUAUCCCCAAAGUGGCGGGAACCUACACUCCUUCACUUCAGUUGCCUCUUGUGCUGUUCUUGAUGUGCUUGCCCCACCAUACGCUGAGGAUGCUGGUCGAAUUUGCACCUAUUUUAAUGAUUAUCCGUUUUCUAGCUUCUCAAGUGGACGCGCAAAGACAUUCGAUAGCCCAGAUAACUAUGCCUGGAUUGAAGCCAUAAACUCACCUGUGUACAUUAACAUGCGCCCUGGCAUGUAUACUGGCCCGACUGUACAGGACCGCCUAUCAUAACCGACGAACCGAGGAGCAUCAAGCAGUGUGCCCAGGCAGCGAGGCACCAAUACAGUUCUUCCAAUGUAGUGUUGUAAAUGUACCGUAACCUGUUACUUUUCUAUUUAGACUUUAUGCUAGAUGGAUGGCCACAGUGAAUAUACAGUUAGAACUUUCUCAUGCUCCGUUUAGUGGAGGAAUUCACAUUCUGUGGCCUGAUCUUGUCGCAAUUCUGUUUUUGCGGCCCCAUAGUAUUAUCUUUGCAAGUUUGGUGGUAGAUUCUGCCAUUCCUGGUGCACACUGUAUUCUGACUUCUGAGUUAAACUGGAAGAACUUUGGUUCCUGCGUAG